AUGCACGACCACGCAACCGGCACGCAAAGCAUGGCAGCAGGCGAGGGCACCGCUCAUGCAGGCCUGUCGAACUGUCAAGGUCCUCUGGCGAUGGCGCACACGUGCUCCAUGCUGUCCACGGACAGGCCGGGGACGGUACGAGACAGCUGGGCAGUCCGUCAUGCAGCGGCGUCCGCAGCACGGCGCAAGGCCAGUCAAGUCGUGGGCAAGUACGGAGUACGGAGUACAGCAAGCAAGUACAGUACGGAGUACAGCAAGCAAGUACAGUACUUGCGCGACGACGACGACGACCACUCGUUGGCAGGCAGCGCAACCCCCGCCACGAGUGGCCGAGUCGGCGCCCGAGACCAGCGCAUCCCCUCCACAUCCCCACCGUCUCCAACGGCCCUGACCCAUGCGUCACGAGGCGGGCAGGGCUGGCACCUCGGCAAGGACAGCGUGCUUGAUGAAUAA